GUUUCGUAAUGCUUAAUUUGUUACGAGUGUACUGAUGUAAGUAGGACACGUGACUCCCAGGCAACUUUGAGAAAAAACACUUUAUAUCAGAGCUGUCUCGGCGAUGGUUAUGCAUAUUCAUGUCAUAAGGCUAGUAGCAUAGCAUCUCUCUCCAUUGAAAACAGGCGGUUGACGUAAAACCCUUAUCGAAUAUUAAAAAAGGUAUUACAAUAAUGAGAUGUAUCCACCAAUCCAAAGAAAGGAUAAACUGGACAGGCCGCUUUGUGGAUAACGUCGACUCCCAUUGUUAGGGCAGAGAGACAUGCAUCUUGUCAGUAUAUCCAUAAUCGUUGUCCAUGACAGUUUACCCAAUUUAACCACAACAUUCAGAAGUCAGAGAGCAUAACCGAUCCUAGAUCAGCGCUCUGGAGCAAACUAUCGCUGAACAACGGCAGUCGUGUUAUAGCGACUGUUGCUUUUGUUGUCAGCAAAAUGGCGACAAGCGGAGAAGCCCCUGAAUCUUGGUACCUGGCUCUGCUCGGCUUUGCGGAACAUUUUCGCACCUCAAGUCCCCCCAAGAUCCGUCUCUGCGUCCACUGUCUGCAGGCGGUGUUUCAGUUCAAGCCGCCGCAGAGGGUCGAAGCCCGAACCCAUCUACAACUGGGCUCGGUACUCUACCACCACACCAAGAACACCGAACUCGCCCGGAGCCACUUGGAGAAAGCGUGGUUCAUAUCACAACAAAUCCCUCAGUUUGAAGAUGUCAAAUUUGAGGCUGCAAGUCUUCUGUCAGAGCUCUAUUGCCAACAGAAUCUGGUUGACUCUGCAAAGCCCUUGCUGCGGAAGGCCAUCCAGAUCUCCCAACAAACUCCCUACUGGCACUGCAGAUUACUCUUCCAACUGGCGCAACUGCACACGCUGGAGAAGGAUCUAGUGUCAGCCUGUGACCUCCUGGGGGUUGGGGCAGAGUAUGCCCGGGUAGUGGGCUCCGAAUACACCAGAGCCCUCUUUCUUUUGAGUAAAGGAAUGCUGCUGCUGAUGGAGAGGAAGCUUGGGGAGGUGCAUCCUCUGCUGACGCUGUGUGGGACCAUCGUGGAGAACUGGCAGGGAAACCCCAUCCAGAAGGAGUCCCUCAGGGUGUUCUUCCUGGUGCUGCAGGUCACACACUACCUGGACGCUGGACAGGUUAAGAGUGUGAAGCCGUGUCUGAAGCAGCUCCAGCAGUGCAUCCAGACCAUCUCUACACUCCACGAUGAUGAGAUCCUACCCAGUAACCCUGCUGACCUGUUCCACUGGUUGCCCAAGGAGCACAUGUGUGUCCUCGUCUACCUGGUGACAGUCAUGCACUCCAUGCAAGCAGGCUACCUGGAGAAGGCCCAGAAAUACACAGACAAAGCUCUCAUGCAGCUGGAAAAGCUCAAAAUGCUGGACUCCAGCCCCAUCCUCUCCACAUUCCAAGUCAUCCUACUGGAGCACAUCAUCAUGUGCCGACUUGUCACUGGUCACAAGGCCACGGCACUGCAAGAGAUCUCUCAGGUGUGUCAGCUGUGCGCUCAGUCCCCCAGGUUAUUCACCAACCACGCAUCCCAGCUACACACUCUGCUAGGUCUGUACUGCAUCUCAGUGAACUGCAUGGAUAACGCAGAGGCGCAGUUCACUGCUGCCCUGCGGGUGAGUGACCUGACGACGCACCAGGAGCUGUGGGCGUUCAUCGUGACCAACUUGGCCAGCGUCUACAUCAGGGAGGGCAACAGGCACCAGGAGCUGUAUAGUCUGUUGGAGAGGAUAAACCCAGAUCACAACUUCCCUGUCAGCUCUCACUGUCUGCGAGCAGCAGCCUUCUACAUCCGUGGACUCCUCUCUUUCUUCCAGGGACGAUACAAUGAGGCUAAGCGGUUCCUGAGGGAGACUCUGAAGAUGUCCAAUGCUGAAGACCUGAAUCGUCUGACUGCAUGCUCUCUGGUCCUACUGGGCCAUAUCUUCUACGUGCUGGGGAACCACCGGGAGAGCAACAACAUGGUGGUUCCAGCUAUGCAGUUGGCCAGCAAGAUCCCCGACAUGUCAGUCCAGCUCUGGUCCUCAGCUCUGCUCAAGGAUCUGAACAAGGCUUGUGGGAACACGAUAGACGCCCACGAGGCGGCUCAGAUGCACCAGAACUUCUCCCAGCAGCUCCUGCAGGACCACAUCGCUGCCUGCAGUCUCCCUGAGCACAACCUCAUCAGUUGGACGGAUGGACCACCUCCAGUGGGCCAGUUCCAGGCCCAGAACGGACCCACUACCAGCCUGGCCAGCCUGCUCUGAGCACCACCACGCCAUGAAAGGGCGAGAGAGGAAGGGAACGGUAGAGGGGAUAGAAGGAGGAUCGAGCAUUGAAGGGAAAGAAAAGAAGAGGAAGACUCAUAUGCCGCUGAUCUGCAUACAGCCUGGAUGCCGGUCUGUUUGAACAUUGGUGUUACCAUGCCAACGAGAAGAGCUAACUAAUGCUGAAAUGGAAUACGACAGAGAGCGAGUACCUCAGACUGCCACUGGACACAUAAUGAAAGUAGAGUACCUUAUAGAGUUGAAACCUCACAUCUAAUCUAACCUCACAUAUUUUACUGAUAUCCACAUGGCAGUCAAAGCUAGCUUUUUGGUCUAGCUGGUGGUGUGUAUGGUUGACAGAGCGAAAAGACCACCUGUACCCCAAGCUCAAGGCAGAACAAUAAACCAGUGAGAAGACGGUCACUGGGAUACUGGAGCACAUGCGAGAGAGAACUUUAAACUGUGGUCCUCUGUAGCUCAGCUGGUAGAGCAUGGCGCUUGUAACGCCAAGGUAGUGGGUUCGAUCCCCAGGA